AUGGACUCCAAGGAUGAACACAGCACAGCUCUACACAGUGAGGACAUACAUCCUGCACUCAAGAACGAGACCGAAUAUGAGGUCAAAGCGGUCCAGGACUCUCGAUUUGCGGCCGCAGUUGCACAAAAUAAGCCUUCGCCUCUUUCGAAAGGACUUUUGAUGCUCUAUCCGAUCUUGUUUGUGGCCUUCAUGAACAGCGCUGCCAAUGGUUUCGAUGGCAAUACCUUCGGCGGCGUCUCUGCGCUUCCGGACUUCCAGUCAAGAUUCGGCACAGAUGUUGCUGCCAGUCAAGGUUUCUUGGCCGCUCUGUACAUUCUAGGCAAUGUCCUUGGCAGCUUCGUUGCGGGUCCGCUCACGGAUACCUUCGGCCGGCGCAUCGGCAUGGCGGUCGCCAACAUCAUCGUUGUUAUAGGAACCGUCGUGCAAGCCGCAGCUUCACAGCGUCGCGAUAUGAUCGUUGGACGCAUCGUGCUCGGAGUAGGAUCUGUCAUGCUCGGACCUAGCGCGCAGGCCUAUACAGUCGAGAUCUCGCACCCCGCCUAUCGAGGUGUCAUGAUGGGCUUGUACAACGGUUGUUACUUCAUUGGCGCAAUAGUCAGCACCUGGUUGGAGUAUGGGCUUGUGAACGACUCCAAGGGCGAGCUCAACUGGCGCUUACCCAUGGCAACUCAAGCAUGUCCCUGCGUUAUUGUCCUGGCUUUUGUGUGGUUCUUACCCGAGUCUCCUCGCUGGUUGAUGAGUCGUGGUCGAGAGCAUGAGGCACGUAGUAUACUCACGAAGUAUCACGGUGAAGGAGAUCCUGGACACUACCUCGUACAGAUCGAGAUGGACGAGAUGAGGAACGCUAUCGAUACUAGCGGUAGUGACAAGCGCUGGUGGGAUUACCGAGAACUGUUCAACAGCCGUGGCGCCAGACAUCGCAUGUUCCUGGUGCUGUGCGUCGGGUUCUUCGGCCAGAUCGACCUUCCGCCGACAUCGUACUACAUGCCAUUAAUGGCGAAAGUGGCUGGGUUCACGUCGAUAAACCAGCAGCUGCUCAUGAACGCGCUACAAAGCCCAGUCAUGACCGUUGCGGUGCUUUUAGGUGUCCGCUUCAUCGACAAGGCCGGGCGUCGGCCGAUGCUCAUGGCAUCGAGCAGCAUCUGCAGCUUCUGCGUGCUGAUGGUGAUCAUCUGUACGGCGCUCCAGCAUACCAACCCCCACCUGGGACUGACUGGCAUUGCCUUCGUCUACGUCUUCCUCUUCGCCUUUGCGUUCGUAUGGACGCCAUGUCAAGCUUUGUACCCUGCAGAGGUCUUGGCCUACAACGCUAGAGGCAAAGGCUUGGCCAUGUCGGGACUUUGGCUCAACAUUGUCUCGUUCAUCAACACAUAUGCUGCACCUGUGGGCAUAACGAACGCUCAAUGGAAGUUCUAUUUCUUGUACCUCGUUAUUGAUGCUGUCGGCAUAUUGUUCAUAUAUCUCUUCUUCGUUGAGACGAAAGGGAGAUCGCUUGAAGAGAUUGAUGAGAUCUUUGCCGACCCACAUCCUGUCAAGGCAUCGCUCAGGAAGCAAGAGGUAGUUGUGCCGAAGGAGUAG